CCGAGGGAGGUCCCCCGGGCCCCGGGCCGCCCCUGGCCAGCGGCUGCGCUGGAGCUAUAAAAGCAGUGGUACCGGGGCGGGCGGCAACAGCCGCAGGUGACACCUCCUGGACAGGACACAGCUCCGAUAUCGUCGCCAUGACCACCUACACAGACAAGGGCCAGAAGCCCAUCAGUGGCCGCUUCCUGAACUUCGACCACGUUAAGUUCUGGGUGGGCAACGCGAAGCAAGCCGCCAGCUACUACGUGACCCGGAUGGGCUUCGAGCCUUUCGCCUACCGCGGGCUAGAGACGGGCUCCCGCAAGCACGCCUUCCACGCCGUGCGCCAGGACAAGAUUGUGUUCGUGUUCGUGUCGUCGUACGAGCCCGGCGACUACGCGCUCGGGGAGCAUCUCAUCCAGCACGGCGACGGCGUCAAGGAUGUGGCGUUUUCCGUCGAGGACCUGGACUUUAUCAUGGCGACCGCCAAGGAGCAGGGCGCCAAGAUAGUGCGCGACAUCUACGAGGAGAGCGACGAGUUCGGCACCGUGAGGCUGGCCACCGUGCAGACGUACGGAGACACGACGCACACGUUUGUGGAUCGCACCGGUUACCGGGGCCACUUCCUGCCCGGCUACAGCAAGCCCCUGCUGGACGACAAGCUCGUGCGCGGACUGCCCGACGUCGGCCUCAACUUUAUCGACCACGUGGUGGGCAACCAGCCGGACAAUGAGAUGGAGUCGGCCGCCAAGUGGUACGAGAAGACCCUCCUCUUCCACCGCUACUGGUCCGUGGACGACAAACAGCUGUACACCGAGUUCUCGGCGCUGCGCUCCAUCGUCAUGACCAACUACGAGGAGACGGUCAAGAUGCCCAUUAACGAGCCGGCGCCCGGCAAGAAGAAGAGCCAGAUCCAAGAGUACGUGGAGUACUACGGCGGCGCGGGCGUGCAGCACAUCGCCCUCAACACGAAGGACAUCGUCAAGGCGAUCCGCGGUCUGCGUGCGAGGGGUAUGCACUUCCUGGAAGUGCCGAGCUCGUACUACACCAUGCUGCGGCAGCGGCUGGCGGAGAGCAAGGUCCAAAUCAAAGAGGACCUCAAGGUGCUAGAGGAGCUCAACAUCCUCGUUGACUACGACGACGACGGCUACCUCCUCCAGAUCUUCACGAAGAACAUGCAGGAUAGGCCCACCCUCUUCCUCGAGGUCAUCGAGAGGCACAACUUCAAUGGCUUCGGAGUCGGCAACUUCAAGGCGCUGUUCGAAGCGAUAGAACUUGAGCAAGACAAACGAGGCAACUUGUGAAGGCAUUUCACCACUUUAAAUUAAGAUUUGUACAUUUUUGUAAAAAUUAAAUUAAGGCAAAUAGACUUGUAAUUGUGAUUAAAACUUUCAACAAAAUAUCAUGAA